AUGCCGGUUCAAACAGUCACUCUCUACCACCUCAACCCCAACCUACACCCCUUCCCUCCCGCCUCCCUUCCACCUGUCCACCCCUUCAGAACCCUUCUCAUGUCGAGUCCGGUCGAGUCGGGAAUGCCAGCCACCGCCAUGUCUCAGUUUGUCCGGUCCCGUAUGCCGAUGGUAAUUGACUCGUGGGGACCCGCAAAUGGACCCGCAGGUCAGAAACCGAGUGCCGAAAGUACGGAACGGUCUCUGUCGCCUUGGCGAUGUUCUUCUCGCGAGUUGGUAGUCAAGGCGCCUGAGUCACUCGUUUAA